AUGGAUGCUCAGUUGUUGACUGUGCUGCAGUUGACGGCAUGGAGCAGCGUUCUGAGCAAGAUCCUUGACUGGCUGUGUUCAUUCCUCCCGGGAUUCGACAACGAUGAGCUAUACCCUCUGCACGCUUUCGACGAUACCAGAGAGAACAGGAAGAUAAUAUCAUGGACUCUCCGCUUCGAUAGCGUCCUUGACGCGGACCAGCUUCACCUCUCCCUUGUCAAACUCAUCGAUCGCCCUGGAUGGAGGAAAAUGGUGCCGGAAAGAUUCACUUACGACCGACCGGCGGUCCGAUUCACAAAUGAAGAAUUUGACCUCGACAUUGAAGAAGAGCCUCGCGUAUGGAAACUUCCAAGGGGCGACAAUACAGGAAGACCGUCGCUACACGACGGCCCUCCGGCCUUCCGAUACCUCACUAAGCAUCCUGAUAUGCCGACUAAGUUCUCAGAAUACGUGGGCAAAGAUGAGCCUAUGAUGUCCAUGCAUAUCGCCUCAUUCAACGACGGCACACUUGUCACUUUGACCUGGCCUGGUGUUGUGUCGGAUAUGAUGGGGAUGCAUGGGCUCAUCCAGGCCUGGUGUGAAGUCCUCGGAGGCCGUGAAGACAACGUUCCGGAGGUCAUGGGGGCACACAAGGACCCGAUGAGAUCCCUCGGACGACUGAAACUGAGGGAAGACUAUGUAUUCGCUGGAGCUCAUCUGCAAGGUCUCCAACUCCUGCAGAGUAUGUUCCACUUGGUCAUGGACAAGUGGGCACAUGGCGAGAUGGAGUCCAAAACACUUUGCAUUCCUGCUCCAUCCAUGGCCAAAUUGAAACGGGAAGCUGGCGUAUCCUCGAGUAGCGAGAAGUCACUCAUAAGCGAAGGUGACAUCUUGGCGUCCUGGCUGGCGAGACAAGCCUGCUCUAUCCUGCCGAUUUCCUCCGACCGGCCGGUGACCGUUUCGAUCCCGUUUGAGGCGCGGUCGAGACUGCCCAUGGUAUUUCCCCAACAAACAGACAUGGAAAAAGAAAGCUGGGGAGAGACAUGUCGACCAAAUCCCGUCUAUCUCGGCAACGCCACAUUCAACGCUCACCUCCACAUUCCAGGUUCUGCCCUUCUCAGCGCGCCCAUAGGAGAGGUCGCCUACGCAACUCGUGCCGCUAUCCUUCGGCAGACAACAGAAUCACAAAUCAAGGCUGGCUCACGCGAGAUCCGCCGUCAGCAGGAAGAAGCAAGUGGCUUCAUGGGCAAGAUGAGACUGCCACUCAAGUACACCACGCCUGACAGCAUGAUGGUUACGGUGUCAAAUUGGAGCAAAAUGAAUGUCUUUGAUGCGUUCGACUUCUCACCUGCGGUUAUCAACAAGAACAUAGGUGUUGCUGCCGGGGGUAUGACUGGCCUCAAGGCGGGCAAGCCGACAUAUAACCACAUGGAUGUGCUAAGGCCGAAGAAUGUCAGCUGCUGGAUGGGAGGCCCUGAGAGAGGAGUUGGCCUGGUUAUAGAAAGCACUAGGUAA